AAAGUAACGGUCCAGUGGCGCUUUGCUUAUCCAGAAUAAACUGAAACCAAUUGAAAGGAGGAAGGUGAUCCACACACACCGUCGAGGUGGAACUGUGUGAGAAUGCGAAGCAUGACGACUCUCUGUUCAUCAGAGAGCGUGUUGAUGAUGAGGAGGAUGGCGUCCUUUUCGACUCAAUCAACUUCUGCUAAACCUUUGGAAUUCUUUAGAUGUUUUCUCGAUUCUAAUGUUUCGUCUCUUCACACUUCUCAACUUCGCCUUUUCUCCUCGAGGCAACAUUGCAUCAAACUACAUGACAGGCGAUUGAGGCAAUGUCAGCACUCAAAAUCCCAAAUGAAUGUACUUCAUUCUGAUGAUGAAGAUGCAACAAAACUAACCCACAAUGUAGAGGAUUGGGAAUGCAGUACUUCAAACAAAUCAUAUUCAAGAUAUAAGUUAACACCAAAAACAUCACUUCCUUUCAAGGAUUUCUCACUUGAUAAUACAUCAUGGAACAGCUGCCUAAAGUUCAUGCUGUUUUGCGGGAUUUUAAGUCUUCAAGAUUCUCAAAACGCAUUUGCUGUUGGUUCAGAUGUUGCUAAUCUAAUGCAGUCUAAUUCGUUUUUUGGAGACCUCAGUGAUUUAAGCACAGGUUUUGCUUCAGCAUUCUUGCUGAUAUUCUUCUCUGAGUUGGGGGACAAAACCUUCUUCAUUGCUGCACUUUUAGCAGCUCGGAACUCUGCUGCAGUUGUCUUCUUGGGGACAUUUGGUGCACUUGGGAUAAUGACUAUCAUAUCCGUUGUUCUUGGGCGAACUUUUCACUAUGUAGAUGAAAUCCUUCCCUUCAGAUUCGGUGACAUGGACCUUCCUCUUGAUGAUAUUGCUGCAGCAUUGCUUCUGGUUUAUUUUGGUGUUUCAACUUUGGUUGAUGCUUCUUCUGGUGAUGGGCUUAAAGCUGAAGAAGAACAGAAGGAGGCUGAGAUAGCUGUAUCUGAAGUUUUGGGAAAUGGUGCUGGGAUUCUGGCUGCAGCUAGCACAAUCAUUAGCACUUUUCUUUUAGUGUUUGUAGCUGAAUGGGGUGAUAAAUCAUUUUUCUCUACAAUUGCUCUUGCUGCUGCCUCCUCACCUCUUGGAGUCAUUGGUGGGGCCCUAGCUGGUCAUGGACUUGCAACUCUGCUGGCUGUUCUUGGAGGGUCAUUACUGGGAAGUUUCUUAUCUGAAAAGGUGAUUGCAUACGUUGGAGGUGUUCUUUUCCUUGUGUUUGCAGCAGUGACAGUGGUUGAAAUUGUGAGUUAGAAUCAAUCUGUUUGUUUGUUUUCUUCGAUUCAAUUAUUGAACUUUUUCAUAAUAUUUUAAUUUUGUAAGGUGAUUGCUUCAUAUGAUUAUUAGCAGAUUUUUGGGGAUUUA